CUUACAGAACAGGAAGUGGCCAAGGAGCGGCUGUACCUAUGCCUAGCCCGGUUAAAGAGUGGCCGGGAUUCGCCCCCGUGAGUCAUGGGCGGGAUGCGAGCGUUGAGUAAAAGCAAGACGCUGCGCUAUGGAGUCCCGAUGAUGCUGCUUAUCAUCGGAGGCUCUUUUGGACUCAGGGAAUUCACCCAGAUUCGCUAUGAUGCUCACAAGCUACACAGCAAGGUUGAUCCAGCUCUGGAAGAAAGAAUUAAAAAGAAUAAAGUGACACUGGAAUCUGAAUAUGAGAAAUUGAAAGAUGCCACUUUUGAUGACUGGAAGAACAUCAGAGGACCCCGUCCAUGGGAAGAGUCUGAGCCACUCCAAGAUCAACAGCAAUAGCAGCAGCAGUGAAGACUUGGUUGAAAAUCAGCCUGACCAUUCACUUGCUGUGCUCAUAACAAUUCCAGAACUGUGUGAUUUUUCCCUCCUCAGUGGAUGGGCGAACCAGUAGUUAAACCCAGCAAGGAAAUAACUGUUUCAAACAAAGGAGAGGCCUUCUGAAUAAAGACUACUGAAUAAAGAA